GGGCAGGAGGGUUGGUGGCAGCUUCUGGUGGCAGUUCCCAGUUAGCCUGGAUUACGGGGUUCGUCAGGCUACAGGAUAAUGGAAUGGGCCUUCUGCAGCGUCGCUCAUGAUGUGGUGGUGGUGGGCCCGUGUUAUCGUGGUCUCCCCCGCAGCUCCUGUGAGGUCACGGGGACACAGCUGCAUCUGAGGUGUUGGUGUGGUCAAAAACAGGGUGAUGGGAACAUCCACAGGCACUGGUGUCAUAUUUUUGUUAUAGAUACUGAACUCAGGGAGGUUUAUUAGGUUCAGCACCUGAUCCUGUGGUUUGGCUUUCAGUGACAGCUCUGUCUCCUGAAGGAUCAAAUACUGAACAUGUGCUAUUUGAACUGCUCUUCAGGCUUAGUGUUCUUUAUGCCAGUAUAAAAUAUUCCAUACACAAAGGAUUGUUCUUAUUUACAGGUGUUAACAAAGCAAUGCCCUGUUGCUCAGUGCUGUAGGCAUGUUAUGGUGCUGAAGUCAAGCCUCAGGACAGCUUAGUGCUUUGCGUGUUCCUCACGAUUUACUGGAGUGGCGUUUAGGCAGUGGUGAGACUAACAUAAAAGGACAGUAGUGAGCCUGGCCUUGGAGCACUUUUUCAUUUCCCUCUCUUGGAAUCUGUGACAGAAAGAGCGGUAAGCCACGAACCAGUAAUUUCAUGAGGCUACUUUGGCCCUAUUGCUGUUAUUAUUCUAAAUAUCAGUGUACGUGUGUGUGCGUGGACUAUCCUAUCCACAACAAUGCGUGAAAACAUCUCUUAAUUACCAAUAACAGUCACAAUGUUGCCGAUUUUUGUUUUCUUUGUGAGGAAAUGAUAUUGAUGGGUGAGUAUUUACAUUUCUGGUAAUUAAUUCAGUUUUCCAAAAUUUUAGGGAAUUUAGAAGUCGUCAGCCAAGAGUCUAUCCAUCUGGCCAGGCCAGUGAGCGCACUGUGUCAUUUCCUUGGGAGGAAGACGUUCUGAACAGGUGUAUUUAUUCUUACUGUUGCUGUUUAUUUGAAAGCAUGUCGGAGUUCUUGGAGCACAGCCCUGUUGCUCAGGAGAGGUACAAACAGGUAAUAGCGAGACUGUCCUAGUCCUGCGUGCUAUCACCCCGUGGACAGCUUUCAUCUACAGCAAGUCUCGCUUUAAUAGCCAAGGGAGGUUACAGGAAGAGAUCCUACAGCUGACUGAUUAGCGAUUCCAGCAGAGGGGUGGAGGUUAAAAAUGUCCAAAAUUACUACAGAACUCCUUUUGGAAAGAGCAGUUCCAAGAUCUACGAGGCUCCGAAAGAUUGAGACACUGAACCUGUCCAAGCUGCAAUUGAAGACUGGAGACCUAGACCCGCGUUUGUUUUCCCGACUGAGACAUCUGCAGAAAUUAGAUCUCUCUGAUAAUUUACUGGACAAAUUUCCCAGCAGUCUGACCCUGCCGGAUCUGCGUGUCCUAAACUGCAACAACAACAAACUGGAAGAUGUAACUGCUUUGAAACAGUUCCCUCUGCUCGAGGAGCUGACCUACGAGAACAAUGUGUACUUGACACUCAAUGAUGACUAUAAAGUAAUGUUUCUUUUGCAAAAUCUUCGGCUACUCAAUGGCAAGGAUAUAACCAAACUGGCUAAUCAUGUGAGGCGUGUCAACAGUCGUAAGCUGACCAGCAAGGUUACCGCUCACUGGGAAAAAUUCUUCCGUGACCAACUUCCUGAGAAAUACACAGCUGAGCAAGUGAAGUCCAUCAAGAAAAAGUUCCUGAAGUCAGUACAAACCAAUGUAGUAUAUGGACCCAGCUCACUCAGUGAAUUCACCCGCUGGCGGGUGAAAAUGAUUGCGGAAGAGUUUCUGGCGUACUCGCUUGGUCUGGAGUUAAAUACAGAUCCUGAACCAGAGGAGAAGAUGGAUGAGAGUGAGGAAGAAAGUACAGAAAGCCCCAGGGAAGCUGCAGAGGAUGUGAAUCAGGUCACAGUAACGCCCGGCAAGAGGAAAAGAAAUAAUUCAAAAGCAGGCUCUGGAAACAAGAGGUCCAAGUCCAAGGCAAACACCAAGGAGGAGGCUGUAGUUAAUCCCAGAAAGUCUAGUCGUGUGCAGGGUGAACCAAGAACAUCGAAGGAGCCAGCCAAAGAGGCAACCCCUGAGGAGGCAGCUGAAGGUACAGAUAAGAAUGGAGAGCAGUGUCCCAAGGGGCAAAGCAACAGAAGAUCCAGCCAGCUGACAGGGGAACAGAAAAGCCAAGAGCAGGAGAAUGGAGUUGUUAGCUUGACCCCAGUGAAGAACUCCAAGGGCAAGGAGGAUGUCAGUGCAGAGCCAUUGCAUUUUCUUCAGUGUCACAGUAAAGGCAACAGCCGCGAGGAUUUUAAAACGCAGCUCUGGUCCUGUGUCUUCGAGCCAUUGCUAGACUGUGGAGCCAGGAAAGAUCCCAUUGUGAGCUCCUCCAGAACUGUGGCAACAUGUGGAGGAGAAUCUGUGUGUCUGAUUGAUUGUGAGACAGGGACGGUGCUGAAAAAGUAUAAGGUGGCUACAGAGGAGUUUUUCAGUGUUGCAUGGACAACUCUCACAAUGGUGGUUGGUGACAGUCAGAAAAAAUGUCAUAAUAUCUUGGCAGCUGCUGGGAGGAGAGGGAUUGUUAAACUGAUUCAUGUGGCAGCAGACUUCUGCUACGGAGAGAUAAAAGCUCAUAAAAAGCCCAUUGCUACUGUCUGCUUCAGCCCAACUCGAGAAACUCACCUCUUCACUGCAUCCUAUGACAAGCGAAUUGCACUCUGGGAUAUUGGGAUUCCAGACUGUGACUACAAUUUCAAAGCAAGCCAGCUGCUGCUGCUGGAAGCUCUCUCUAUUCCCUUACGGAUUGAGCUGGUCCCCACCUGCCCAGAUCAGUACCUGCUGGCUGGCUGUGAAAGCGGCUGCUUUGCCUGGAAUAUAAAACUGGAUAAGGAACAAAAAAGCAGGCCUUUUGAAGUCCUAUUCCAGUUCCCUGAUGAUGAUGGAGGCAUGACAACAUCUCACAGGGUCGACGGUGUGGCUUUUCUGAAUAAUGAUGUUGUUGUUUCCAAGAGCUCUAAACUGGGAUGCAUAUACUUGUGGAGCUGGAGUCGGUCUUUUGACACAAAGGGGAAGGGAUGCCAGCGAACAGUGGGUGCAGUUAUUCUCGCUGAGCUGGAGUGGUCCACAACAGACCUGUCCUACCUGACGCUCAGCACCUGCCCAGCAAAAGAGUACGUGUUCUGCGGUGAUGAGAAGGGAAGCGUGUGGAUGUACAACCUCUCAAACUACACCACAGCAUGGAGCUCUGCAAAGGGAAAACGCUCAGACAAGAGGAUCCCUCCCUCACAGAUUCUCAAGUGGCCGGAGCUUCAAGCAAACAAGGAGCACCUGACUGAAGUCCUAAUAAACAAUGUGGUAUCAGACCCUGCUUUUACUUACCUUGUCGUUCUAACUAGUGUGAACGUAACAGCCAUUUGGAAGAAGUCAUAGUCCCUUGUAACAGUUUCAUUCCCAUGCUUUGAAACAGUGCAGUAUUAGUGACCGUUACCCAUCUAACCAUUAAGUUUUCUCUUGCACAUAAUAGCUGAUCUAGAAAAAAAAAGGUAAAAGUUUGUGAAACUCACCAAGUCAUUGUAAACAUCUGGUUUCUUUUACUGUAAGUUUUCACAGUUUGUGCAUUUGUUUUAUAGAAAUGACACUUAAUAAAACAAAAUACUGGUACAGUUGGCAGUGCUGGACUUUUUGAAAAGGAAAAGCAGAGACUUCAUCUACUGCUGUCACUCAGCAGCUUCUCAUGCUGGAAGUACACUCACAACAAACUCACCAACAGCCUAGUACAAAUAUUUGCAUUAAGGCUCCAGUUAGAACAGCAGAGAUUGUUUUAAUGACUUAUCCAUCAAAUCGAGAUAAAUCUCUUGGCAAGUCUGCUAUAAAAAACUGCCCCUCAGCAUAUCACCACUGCUGUCAAAAAUUAACUAAACAUCAUAAGUGGGAUAAGGGGGG